ACAUGUAAACAUGGCGUGACUUGACGCCUUGUGAUGCUGCUGUUGAUGACAGACAGAAUAACACGGUUGAGUACUGUAUAUAUUAACCACGAGUGUGGACUUAAACUUAUCUUUACACUACCGUACCUCCAUGAAACAUAAGGUCAACAACGAGAUGUAGCCUAUGAACAUGGCUUAUGAUGAGAGACUCGCACAUUUCCGCCAAACCCGCCUCAAUCCCUUUGACCGUGGAGAGGAAGAAGAUGAUCUCCAUGAAGGCAAGACGCCCCCACAGCAUGAAUCAAGGCCAGAGCUGUUCUCUGGGACCAGAACCCACAGCUCAGAUCGGACCAUGGACCUGGGGCUAGCUGAAGACCACUUCUCAAGGCCUGGUUCAUUUGUGGCCUCGGACAUUGAACAGCUCAAACGGGCCAUAGAGGAGUGUAAAAAACUGAUCCUGGAGCUGCCAGAACACUCAGAGAGACAGAAGGACACUGUGGUGAAACUCAUACACCUUCGUCUCAAACUGCAGGAGCUGAAGGACCCUGAGGAGGAUGAGCCCAAUCUACGAACUUUACUGGAACAUCGAUUCUCAAAAGAGAAGAGCAAGAGUGUGAAACAGACUUGUGACAAGUGUAGCACUAUCAUCUGGGGCCUUAUCCAGACCUGGUAUACCUGCACAGGUUGCUAUUAUCGUUGCCAUAGCAAGUGUAUGAACCUGAUCAUCAAGCCCUGUGUAAGGUCAAAGGUCAGCCACCAGUCAGCGUAUGAGCUCAGCAUCUGUCCUGAGAUAGGACUGGACCGGCAAGACUACCGCUGUGCCGAAUGUCGCACACCUAUUUCACUGAGGGGCGUGCCAAGUGAAGCCAGACAGUGUGACUACACAGGCCAGUAUUACUGCAGCACAUGCCACUGGAACGAUACAGCCAUCGUACCAGCUCGGGUCAUCCACAACUGGGAGUUUGAACCACGAAAGGUACCCUGAACCGCCACCAAGAAAUAUUCUGAAUAUAUUCACAAUACCAUAGUCAUGAUGAGAAAUGUGAAACCUACAAGAACUAUUGGCAUGAAGUGCAACUUAGUUCAACAUUAAUGUGUGUGUUACUUUGUGUCUUUGUCACAGAAACUUCGACAAGACAUUCUGCUGAUGAAACCUUAUUUCAUUACUUGUAAGGAGGCCAUGGAGGCUCGGCUAUUACUACAGCUUCAAGAUCGGCAGCACUUUGUAGAGAACGAUGACAUGUACUCACUGCAGGAUUUGAUCGACAUUUCCAGUGGCAGACUCAGCUGCUCCCUCACAGAGAUACACACCACGUUUGCAAAGCACAUCAAACUUGACUGUGAUCGUUGUCAGGCCAAAGGAUUUGUAUGUGAGCUGUGUAAAGAGGGAGACAUCCUGUUUCCUUUUGACAGUCACACCUCGGUCUGCUAUGACUGCUCUGCCGUCUUCCACAGAGAUUGUUACUAUGACAACUCCACAACAUGCCCUCGAUGUGCUCGGAUGACCGAUCGCAAGCAGGACGACGAGUCAGAUGUGAAAGAUGCUUAAGUCUGAAGACGACGGCAGGAUGUUGCACUUUGCCUGGUGUUGUUCUCUGCUCUGAUUGAGGACUAGCUUCCCGUCUUGGUUUGUUUUGUGCAUUGGUUUAAACUGUGGUGUCUUAAUGUUCCUGGGUUAACCAUAAUGAAGCAGGGUACCCAAAAGCCCACUUGAAAAUUAAUAUAUAUGUAUUUUUUAUCAAACUUUUUACAUCAUACUGAAAUUGGAUGAACUGAACACUGUGUAUGUGUGUUUGUGUGAGUGUCUGCUGAUAUAAUUGUAAAAUAUAAAUGACCUAUUAAGACAAGCCACAAUAUCAGUAGGUGAUUAUGCACGUUACAAAUCUCGGCUGCGAUUACCUAUACUGCCAACUUAGCUGAAUAGUUAACCUUAAGGUUAUAUAUAUAUUUAGUCAGUGGUUUUAAAUUUUAAAAACUAUAACUUUAUUUACCAGAAAUCUGCAUUUCAGCUACCAAAUGUAUAUUUUUCUUUAAGAAAAUCCUGAGUGAGCAACCUUGCACUUCCCUGCAAUUUACAAGCAUCAAUGUAUUGUUCAGUAUUAGUUAGUUUGAUGCAGAGUGUGUAACUAGUUAACACUGAUUCAAACUGAUAGAUGAUAUGAUCAUAACUUCACUUUAUUUUUUUCUGCUCUUUAAACAUUCCAUUAUUAGUACCAUCCCCGUUAAAUCACAGUUCCCUGAAGCAGCAUCUGUUCUCCCUUCAUUUGUGUUACCUGCCUUUUUCUUUUCAGUCGUAUUCUGUUCGGCUAUAAUUGUAAAAGUAAAAAAAUAUAUUUUCAGGUUGUGGAGCCAUAUUUAAAUUCCUCUAUUAAGUUAUCUUGUAGCGAAGGCAGGAGAUUUAUGAAAAGCCAACAUGGAUACUAAAAAAAACAAAACUUUUACGGCUUGCAGUUAUUUGACAAAAAAUGUGCAAAUGAAAACCAUAAUGUGAAAUAUACAUACCCGGAACAUAUAUCUGCAACAGACAAAGCAUGCAUCAUCAGUGCAUUCUCUAGAGUGUAGAACCAGUUAACAAAAAGAAAAUGUGCUUUCCUUGUGUUGAAUACUGUGAACUCCUUGUAGUCGGUCUGAUCUGUCUUUAGUCAGGUUCAGUUUAGUGCACUGUGUAACAAAUCGAUGUGAACGUCGUGUGCCUCUGUUUGUCAGGUUACUUGCAGCUGUUAAACAAGCGUCUCAGUACACUAACCAUCAUGUUAAUGGCUUUAGUCUUACAGUUCCUCUUGCACAUGAUGUUGAUCAUGUUCAGAGAUGACAAAGGUGCCAUGUGACACCUUUGGCCAUGUGUAAAAGUUGAAUUAAGUAUUUGUUUUAAAAUAAUCAGUUUUGGCUGUGUUAUCUUUCAGCAUGAUGCAUUGUAUUUUUAUUUUCAUUCAAACUAAUGGACAGAUAUGGCUUCUGUAAGAGCCAUGCCCUGUUAGAAAUCAUGGAGUAAUGCAUGAAUAAAUAUAUGAAAUGCAUUAAA